GUAACGGGAAGAUAGGCAGAAAUGGCGAAAAACAAAGAUGAAAUUGUAGAGACCAACAAACAAAUCAUUACUACGGAAAGUCCACCAUACACAUGGCUCCUAGUCCUAUGUACUCUGCCAUCAAUUAAUUUCUUGCUCUCUCUCGCCCAAACAAGCCACCAAUGCUGCCAUUAAAAUAAGAUGCAGAAAAGCCUAUAAGUACUGAAGAAACUGAGAACAGAAGCGGAAGAAAUAUCUCACAGAAGUUCUACUGCAGAGCAGCAGCAAGCAAGGAAGCAAGCAGCAAGCAGCUUCACCUUCCCCGUCCCAAGGAGGAAGAAGAAGACACAGUGAAUCACACUCUCCAAUGUAAACUCAUAACGCCUUCUUCUCCAUUGCUAUCCUCUCUCUCUCUCUCUCUCUGUCUGUGCUUCCCCUGCUAAAGUUACCAAUCUAGAAAGUAGCUUUCUUUUACUCUGUUCCAUUGCUUACGCUCUUCCCUUGCUGUACUCUGUUUCACUCUGUUCUCUAAUUGGGGGUCCUCUGUUUUCAAGCAUCCAGAUAAUUUUUCAGCGAAGCGAGGUAGAUCUACAUUUCUGGACGAAAUGGGGAGGCAAUGGGUUUCCACUUGUUCCAUUCUUCUUCUUCUAGCACUAGUAUUCUGCAGCUCAUUCGCAUCAGCCGCAAAACCUCCUUACUUGAAGUACAAAGACCCGAAGCAGCCCAUUGGAGCCAGAGUCAAAGACCUGGUCAAGAGAAUGACCCUGGAAGAGAAAAUCGGCCAGAUGGUUCAGAUUGAUCUCACCGUCGCUUCCUCUUCUGUAUUGAAGAAGUACUUCCUAGGGAGUGUACUGAGUGGUGGAGGCAGCGUUCCAUCCCCAAAAGCUUCAGCUGCAGCCUGGGUCAAUACUGUAAAUGGACUACAGAAGGGAGCUCUAUCCACCCGCUUGGGAAUCCCCAUGAUCUACGGGAUCGAUGCUGUUCAUGGCCACAACAAUGUCUACAACGCCACCAUUUUCCCUCACAAUGUUGGACUCGGCGUCACAAGGGAUCCCCAGCUCGUGAAAAAGAUUGGAGCUGCAACCGCCAUGGAAGUCAGAGCAACUGGGAUACCAUAUGUGUUUGCUCCAUGCAUUGCUGUAUGCAGAGAUCCAAGAUGGGGUCGGUGCUACGAGAGCUACAGUGAGGAUCACACCAUCGUCCAGAAGAUGACAGAGAUCAUACCUGGUUUACAAGGAGAUCUCCCUGCAAAUUCCAGAAAGGGUGUUCCCUUUGUUGAUAAUGGAGGGACCAAGGUUGCAGCUUGUGCCAAGCAUUACUUGGGAGACGGUGGCACGACCAAGGGCAUCAACGAGAACAACACGGUCAUCUCCCAGAAUGGACUGAUGAGCAUCCACAUGCCUGCAUAUUACAACUCCGUCAGCAAAGGCGUGGCCACGGUCAUGGUUUCGUACUCGAGCUGGAACGGGAAGAAGAUGCACGCGAAUCGCGAGCUCAUCACAGGGUACCUCAAGAACAAGCUCAAGUUCAGGGGAUUCGUGAUUUCGGACUGGCAAGGAAUCGACAGGAUCACUUCUCCACCACAUACCAAUUACAGCACUUCCAUUACUGCAGGAGUUGGCGCUGGAAUCGACAUGAUCAUGGUUGCCUACAACUAUACAGAGUUGAUUACUAACAUGAUCUACCAAGUGAAGAACAAGAUCAUUCCUGUAAGCAGGAUUGAUGAUGCUGUGAUGAGGAUCCUGCGAGUCAAGUUCGUCAUGGGACUCUUCGAGAAGCCACUAGCUGAUCUCAGUAUGGUUCAUGAGCUUGGGAAACAGGAGCAUAGAGAUUUAGCUAGGGAAGCUGUGAGGAAGUCACUUGUGCUGUUAAAGAAUGGCAAAUCUGCUGACAAGCCAUUGUUGCCCCUUCCCAAGAAAGCACCCAAGAUCCUUGUUGCUGGAAGCCAUGCUGAUAACUUGGGGAAUCAAUGUGGAGGAUGGACCAUAACAUGGCAAGGCCAAACCGGAAAUGAUCUGACAUCUGGCACCACGAUCCUGAAAGCAGUGAAGGCCGCAGUUGCUCCCUCCACUCAAGUCGUCUACAGCGAGAAGCCGGACCCCAAUUUCGUGAAAUCGGGCAAGUUCUCCUACGCCAUCGUGGUCGUGGGCGAGCCACCAUACGCUGAGACUCAGGGCGACAGCUUGAACCUGACCAUUCCGGCAGCUGGCCUGAGCACCAUCAGCAACGUCUGUGGCUCGGUGAAGUGCGUCGUCGUGGUGAUCUCGGGCCGGCCAGUGGUGAUGGAGCCGCACCUCGCCAAGAUCGACGCUCUGGUAGCUGCGUGGCUUCCAGGGACAGAGGGACAAGGCAUUACCGAUGUUCUGUUUGGUGAUUUUGGGUUCACUGGGAAGCUGGCUAGAACCUGGUUCAGGUCGGUUGAUCAGCUUCCAAUGAACGUGGGUGAUGCACAUUAUGACCCUCUGUUUCCAUUUGGGUUUGGUCUCACCACUGAGCCGAUUAAGAGUUAGAAAGGUUGAUCUUUUUUUGGGCCUAGUAGUUGAAACUUGAAGCAAUAUCUAAAGAGUCUAAGUCGUGAAAUGGAGAAAUGCAAUUGCGAGGGAAUACACGGAUUAUAGGAAGAUGAGGUUAAUUGAGUGAACGUGUUGUUGACUGUUAAGUGAGAAAAGGGAUGGAUAUAUAACUGAAGUCCCUCUUUUCCAACAAUUUGUAAGGAAUGAAGCUCUUUUUUUUUAUGCAUUGAAAUAAUUGUUUGGGGGACUAACUAUGAGUUCACCGGGA